AUGGGCUAUUAUGUUGAGAGUUCCGAAGAGUCAACGGACGAUGGACAAAAAUUAUGGAAUCCGUCAAAGACUCUUCGGAUAAUCAACACAGAUCCAGGAUAUCAACGCCUAACUUGCUGCGGCCAUGCUCCCUCUCAACGAAGACGUUGUCGUAAUCCUAUCAGGGCAGACAAUCGAGAAUUCAUUACACGAACCUUAGAGGAGAUGGCUUAUCUACGCCCUGGCAGUGCAGCUGUCAAGAAGAAGAUGCGGGCUAUUGCCGGUCCAGCAUUGUGUGUUAGAGACCACCAGAACCAAGCAGAGGAGCUCGUGAUGCAGUGGCAGGGAGAAAUCAGAGAAAUGGAGCCCGAGAUGAUUGGACGCAAGAGUGCCAAACCCAGCAAAGCAAAGAGAGAAAAUUCCGUGAAGGAUGAAUUUGAAGACGAGAUGCGAAGCAUGAAAGACCUACUGGCAGAACUUCAAGAAGAACUCAACAACCUGAAGCGAGAACGAGCGUCAGGCCGAGGAGCAACAUCUACCAAGAUUCAACAACAGACAAUCAAACAAGACGAAAGCGAGACUAAGGAGCGUCAGCAGAAAGAAGAAGCAGAGAAAGAACGGUUGCAAAAAGAACGUCUGGAGAAACAGCGCCUGGAACACGAACGAUUAGAAGCAGAGCGUCUGAAGAAAGAGAAGGAGCGCCAGCAGAAAGAAGAAACCGAGAAAAUCCGGUCGGAAAAAGAACGCCUGGCAAAACAACGCUUGGAAGAAGAGCGUCUCGAAAAUGAGCGUCUAGAGAAGGAGAAACAGAAAAAAGCAAACGAGAAACGUCAAAGAGACGCCGACAACGAACGAAUACGCCUGAAAGCAGAGAAAAGACGACUCGAUCGGGAAAGAGAGGAGCGAGAGAAAGUGAUGAAAGAGAAAGCAGAAUGGCAGCAAGCAUGGCAAAAGUACCAAUCUCAAUGGGCCGAUUUCAGAGCUUCUAAGCAGAGCGAUGGUGAUAUGCGUAUGCGAGACGCAAUCCCUUGGCCUGUUCUAUCGGGUGAACACAGUGAUGUCAGGGCCUCCACUGUCAGGGAGUUCUUCAAGAAGGCGAUACCAGAAGAUGCGGAUAGGUCGAAACUUAUGAGAAGGGAAUGCAGAAAUUGGCAUCCUGAUGUUGUGAACCGCAGACCUCAAGCUUGUACGCUUACUCCAGUUGAUCGGGUAAUGAUUGAUAUGAUCUGUCGAGAAGUGACUGGUUUGAUGAAUGAAGCUGCUGGGAAGUCGGCGGAGAGUUUUGAGUAA